AUGAAGAUAUUCCAUUUAAUUAUAUUAUUAUUCAUUGUGGAAUGUAAUUGUGGAAUAAUUGACGGCGUACUAGAUACUGUGAAGGGCACUACGGGAUCUAUUACUAAUGGAGUGGGAAGCAUGUGGUCAUUUGGAAAAGGACUCGUCUUGGGUGAUCACCAUAACAAAAGACCAGCAGAUGACAGUGUUCAAACGCAUGACGGUAUCGUUGGUGGAAUCAUAAGUAAUAUUCACGAAAGAAUUCACAGCUUUCGAGAAAACAUUCAUGGAUUUUUCUCAUUAAAUAAAAAUAAAAAUGAAUCCGAUAGAGGAUUUCUUGGAGGCAUGAUCGACAGAGUGAAAUAUCGAGUGAUGUCAUUCAAAGAACUAUUCGUCGGACACGAACUUAAGCCAUUAGAAGUGUAUAACAAAACUCAAAUAGAUUACGUGGAUAAAACUAAGCCCAUCAGAGACAGCUUGAACAAGUAUAUAUUCGGCAAAGAAGGUAAAAGGCCUGUUUCGAACCUCAUUGACUUUCUCGACGCGUUCAAGGACCGACUAGUGGCUAUUCGUCGUAAUAUAACUGAAGAAAAGCACAGUGAAACUACUGAUGGCACAGGGAUGUUGGACGUAAGAGCAAAUUUCGACAAUCUAGGUCGAGCUGCCGACGCGAGACACUUAAGCGCCCAAGCCAAAGAUACUUUUAAUCAAGUACAAGAUUCUGUAAAUUCUAUGAAUAAAAACACACAAAGUAAUUUCCAUAAUACCGUCGACAAAAUUGAUGAGAAUUUUCAAAGUGGUUAUAAAACCUUUAACGAACAGAUAGAUAAAUUUAGGGGUGAUUUUUAUACGAACAAAAAUAAUAUAAAUGCCAUGAACAGGAAUUCACAACAGGAAUUUCGAAACAGCCUCAGUAAUGCAGAGAAAAAUAUCGUUGAAGCUUACAAUGCUGUCAGCGAAGCUACGGAUAAGUACGGAAGGAAUAUUAAUAGAAAAAAUACCAAUGUUGAGAAAGGCUAUAAAAACGUUUUAGAUAAAGAAAUGGAACUAAUGGAACAUGGUGUCAAAAAAAUUGCCAAUGCGAAUGAUGGAGCAAUGGUUUUCAGAGAUUGA